AUGACUCGCCCGAACCCUGCACCGUCUCCUUCUCGAUCUGCUACUCGCCGAGCUACGCAGUCCCGGUCCUCUGGUUCGAAGCGCACAAAGCCUCCGGCGCACCCCUCACGCUCUCAGACUUACGCACUUCAACAAUCUUCCACUCCUUCCCCUCCCCCUCGUCCGCCUCACUAG